AUGAGCGGUCUGUCCCUGAGGCAGCGUGCGGCAGAGGGCAUGUACUUUGCCGGCGAGGAGCGUCUGGCUAUCACCCGGUACCUGGAGCGCCUCGUGGAGCAGGGCAAGGUGGACCAGUCGGUGCUGGAUCGCGUGCGCAUGGCCGACGAGGCCGGGCCCACACUGGUCAAGGGCCGGUCGGAGUACGUGUUCGACUACACGCCCGGCGUGAGCCGUCCCCCGCCGCGCGCCUCCCACAUGACCCAUUUCCAGCUGGGCACCCAGGUGUCCUUUGGCCGCUCCCGCUGGUCCUCCGACAACACCUCCAUCUUCUCCGUGGCCGACGGCAAGCGCAUGGCCGCCACGCCGCCCAAACCCCUGAACAACUACGAGGUCAUCCGGCAUGCCAAGAUCCAGCGCGCCGCGCUGGAGUCUCCCCAGGUGGCAGGCCUGCGCCUGCUCCCGGAGUUCACGCCCGGCCGCGCUUUCUUCUGGGGCAGCGUGCUCGCUUUGUGGGGCACGCUGGCCCUGGCCGUCGGCGCCGCGCGCCACCUGGAGAUCGGCAACGCGGAGGAGGCGGCGCCGCGCUUGCGCGGCGUGGUGGCGCCCCUGGUCGGCGCGGCGCGGGAGGGGCUGGCGCCGCUGCGCGACAGCCUGGCGCUUGCCGCGGGGCGGGAGAUGGGCGCCGACGCGCAGCAGAGCGUGCUGAGUCAGCGCCUGCGCACGCUGCUCGGCGCCCGGCAGCACCAGUAG